UAUCCGAGUUGCGAUCAGCGUCGCUCCUGGAUUUAAUACUGUUGUGAUUACGGUUUUAAUUCUUCCAGUUUUUAUUUUUUAUGUGUUAAAAUUGGGUUGCAUUUAUGUCUCGGGUGGAGAAAAAAGCUCCAUCUGUAUGUACGGAUUUACCGCUGAACAACGCGGAGGUUUGUGAAAAGCUUCAUCUGAUGAAGGAACUUUUGAAAUCUUGUUAUGGUCCGAGAGGUAGAUUAAAACACGUUCGUAAUAACAUCGGUGGGCGCGUGACCACCUCCUCAGCCUCGUCGGUUAUUCUUCCCGCCCUUUAUUCCUCUCAACCUCUUCUUAAUCUGAUAAAAACCUCCGUCCUGAAUCACAUCUCUCGCUUUAGCGACUGUGGCUUGUUCGCCGGUGUUUUCUGCUUGUCUCUCCUUGAACAGGCGAGGCGGCAUGAACUGAGAGAAAGCCUAGCUAUCAAAGUGAACAAACACUGCCUGAGUCUGUGCACCAGUUACCUCCAGAGGGACGACUGCGCAUGUCGAGUGAAGAUCGACUUCAGCAGCAGCCAGAACUUGAUGACUCUUGCUGGAAGCAUCAUCUCCAGUAAACCAGCCUGUCUCCUCACAGAGGCGGAGAAGCUCCACAUCAGCACCAUGGCUGUGCGGGCUUUCCUGCAGACCAUCCCCUGCAGCUCUCCAGGCCCAGUCACUCUGGGUCAGACUGUCACUGUCACUGUUAGAGGUCUGCCUGUUUUGGACUCCGCAAUGUUUCCAGGCUUGCUUGUGGAAACGCACGACGACUUCAACCAGACGGACAGCUCCUCCGAACUUCUGCGCACGGUUCUGUUCAGCACAUCGCUGGCUGGAGAUCUAGCUGAACUGGGAGAUGGAACAAUUGAGGCGGACCCAAAUCUGGACACUGACUUGCAGAUUCUGGAUCAGCUUCUAGAGCUUGGCAAACAGCUGGUUGAAGAUGAGGUGAGGCUGUGUGUCUGCCAGAAGGUCAUCCACCCCGUCCUGCAGCAGUACCUGAGGAGCCACGGUGUCGUGGUGAUGGAGAGACUUGGAAUGGCCCUAAUGGAGCCACUUGGCACUCUGGCAGGUACUCAGCCCGUGGCGACACUACAUGCCAGGAUCCCAAGUACGGCCUAUGGAAGGGUGAAGAACCUCAGCACCAAGCAGUUUGGAUUCAAGACGAUGCUGCAUCUACAGGCGGAUGGGGAGGCAGCCGUCUGCACCGCGGUCCUCUGCCACAGGAAUGAGACCAUGCUGGAUGAACUGAAGGUGGUGUGGAGGAAGACGGAGGAUGUGCUGAGGCUGACCCUGAAAGAACCAUCCGCUUUACUUGGAGGAGGAUGCACAGAAACCCAUUUGUCUGCCUAUGUCAAACAUAAGCUGUCUCUGUUAUUGCAGGGCCAACAGGAAGCAUCAGAGACCGCAGCCGGAUUGCGGUGCUCACCGGCAGAGUUCCUUCUUGGCGUAAAGGUGUUCUGCCGCUCCUUAGACAUGGUAGCAAGAUCGCUGGAGCACGACGGUGGGAGCUCUGCGAUGGAUCUGAACCACGCCCACCACUGGACCGUUUCUGCAAACGCCUCUGAAGAAGACAUGGCGGGUGGUCUGGGCCUGUGUGGUUGUGGACUGGUGGAGAACUCAAGUACUGAGUGGACCUUUCUGAACACGGAAUAUGCAGAGUUCUGUCCUGCACCUUUGCUUGGUGACUCUUGCAGGAAGCCCACAGUGUUGGACUCGUUCACCGCUAAAGUCAAUGCAUUGCAAGUUGCUGUAGAGACUGCAAAUCUUGCAUUGGAUGUGAGAUAUGUCAUUAAAGAUGUAAACUGACUUGUGUUUUAGAGUGUGUGGAUUUUACCGAUUACCUUGUGUAGACAUAUGUUCGUCCUGUCUCAGUAUUUACUUCCUCAUUACGACACUAAUUCCUGGUGUUCCGUUUUUGCUCGUCUUGCAGAGCGAAACCAGUUUUGAAACGUGCAUUCGGUUCUUGCUUUCUAUAAACUAGGCCUUUAUCUGGUGUUCAUAGAAAGAAAUGCAACAUAAUCCCCGUGGUUUCAAAAUAAAAGCUUUUAAUUUAAACAUUUUUAAAGUAAA